GUAGCCGUCUGCCUCCUCGCUUUCCCUUUCGUCCGUACGCCGCCGCCUCGCACCGCCGACAGUCCUCAGUCCAGAACUCCAGAUCGAGCCUCCCUCUCCCCAGAUCGGGUCCUAGGCUACAGCAGCCGCCGCAUCCGUCACCUUCACACCGCGUGCGUGCUCUCUCUCCCCCUCCCCCUCUCCGUGCGACGACUGGGUGGGCUACCGCCGCCCUACGCAAGGUGCCGAGAACUUCGCCGAUAUCUGCGCCGGAGAAGAGCGCCCACCAGAUCAGGCGCUUAGAAGGCGCGCUGGCCGGUGGAUGACGAUGGCGGGUGGCGGGGGACUGAACCGGUCUUCAUCGAGGGGGCAGCUGCCGCCGCAAGAGCUGCUUGACGAUCUCUGCAGCCGGUUCCUUCUGAAUGUGCCCAAGGAGGAGCUGGAGUCGUUCGAGCGGAUCCUGUUCCUGCUGGAGCAGGCGCACUGGUUCUAUGAGGACAACUCCGUUGAGCACAACCCCAACCUCAAGUCCCUCUCCUUCAAGGACUUCACUUCCCUCAUGUUCAAGAGCUGCACUGCUCUCCGGCCCUACAUCGCGCACCUGGAUGAUAUCUACAAGGACUUCAACAACUACAAGUUUCGUGUGCCUGUGUCCGGCGCCAUCAUCCUAGACGACACUUAUGAGAGGUGCUUGCUUGUUAAAGGAUGGAAGGCUGGGGCCAGCUGGAGCUUUCCUCGUGGAAAGAGGAAUAAAGAUGAGGAAGACCACACAUGUGCUGUUAGAGAAGUUCUAGAGGAAACUGGGUGUGAUGUUUCUAGACUAUUAAAUCUGGAUGAUUACAUUGAAGUUUCAAUUGGACAACAAAGGGUUCGGCUCUACAUCAUAACAGGGGUUAAAAGAGACACUGUGUUUGCACCUCAAACCAAGAAGGAAAUUAGUGAAAUUUCAUGGCACAGAAUUGAUGACCUCUUACCAGCUAGUGAUGAUGCAGUAUCUCGUGCAGUGAAUGGAAUGAAGCUGUACAUGGUUGCGCCAUUUUUGACGGGUCUUAAGGCUUGGAUUGCCACACAUCCUCCACCACUGCAUCAGAAACCAGAGACAUCUGCUAGAGGUACUGUGUGGAGGGCGAAGGGUUCGUCGAGCGGCACAACCCCAGUGGAGAAUCCUGUUGCUAAAGCAGGAUCUGACGUGCAGCACGCUGCCGACCGCCCUGGUUGCAGCUUCAGAAACUUCAGGUUUGACACCGCAAGCAUCCUGCAGGCCAUGGAGGCUUCCUUCCUACGCACCUAGAAUCCUGACGAAGCAUCAACACCUGCACCCUUGAUGUGUAUAGACCGCGGACCAGCGCUAUCUGUGUUGUCAAUCUGUCUUUGUUUCGUCUUUCUCGCCUUGUAUCUGUACUCUUCACAGCAAUCCUGUCAGACGCUUGAACC